GGCGCUGCCCGCAUGGCCGCGGGUGCCGGCGGCAGGAAGGUGCCGGUCUGCAGCGCCGAGCACGGCGGCGUGAGGAGGGAUGGCUGCGGGGACCCGCACUGGUCCAGACCCGAGGCCCGUGUCUGGACGGUGAUGCUGCUGCUGGGGACGUGCCUGCUGUACUGCACCCGUGUCACUGUGCCCAUCUGCGCCGUCGCCCUCAGCACCUACUUCGACUGGGACAAGAAGCAGUCUGGGAUAGUGCUCAGCAGCUUCUUCUGGGGCUACUGCUUGACACAGAUUAUCGGGGGACACAUCAGUGACCAAAUAGGAGGUGAGAAAGUCCUCCUCCUGUCAGCAUCGGCCUGGGGCUUCCUGACCGUGCUCACCCCGCUGCUCACCCGCAUCACUUCUGCACAUCUCGCUUUCAUGGCCUCCUCCAGGUUCCUCAUGGGGUUGCUGCAAGGGGUGUAUUUCCCAUCUCUGGCCAGCCUGCUAUCCCAGAAGGUCCGUGAGAGUGAGCGAGCCUUCACCUACAGCACAGUGGGGACCGGCUCACAGUUUGGGACGCUGGUGAUUGGAGGUGCUGGAUCUCUCCUUCUGGAUUGGUAUGGAUGGGAGAGCGUUUUCUACUUCUCUGGUUUGCUCACUUUGCUCUGGGUUUACUGCACCUGCAAGUACCUCCUGAGUGAGAAAGAACUCAUCAUCCCCAUAGACUGUUUAAUGAGAGGCCUCUCCAUAUCCAAGCAGACCAAAGUUCCUUGGAAGCAGCUGUUCAGGAAGGCACCGAUAUGGGCUGUCAUCAUCGCUCAGCUCUCCACGGCCAGCACGUUUUUCACUCUCCUCUCCUGGCUGCCAACGUUCUUUAAGGAAACUUUCCCCGAGUCAAAAGAUUGGGUGUUUAAUGUAGUCCCCUGGCUGGUUGCGAUUCCAACAAGCUUGUUCAGUGGAUUUCUGUCUGAUCAUUUGAUCAGCCAAGGCUACAAAACCAUCACCAUUCGUAAGUUCAUGCAGGUCAUUGGCUCCGGUGUCUCGAGCAUUUUUGCUUUGUGCCUGGGUCAGACCUCCAGCUUCUGCAAAGCAAUAGUGUUUGCCUCUGCUUCUGUUGGCCUCCAGACCUUUAACCACAGUGGCAUUUCAGUGAACGUACAGGAUCUGGCCCCCUCGUGUGCUGGCUUGCUGUUCGGUGUUGGGAAUACAGGUGGAGCCCUCCUAGGUGUCAUUUGUGUGUACCUGGCUGGUUACCUGAUUGAAACCACCGGCUCCUGGAUCUCUGUUUUCAACCUGGUGGCUGCUGUUAACAGCAUUGGCCUCUGUGCAUUCCUCCUGUUCGGAGAGGCCCAGAGGGUGGACACAGACUCUGCAUAUAUGGACCUCUAGAGAUGAGUCCAACAGGCAGCCUGAGGGCAGGAGAGUGUCACAUCUUUGUGUCAUCGUCGCACAAGUGCCAAAGAACAUAUUUUUUAGGUGUUUAACAGGAAAACCUAUACUGGGACCAAAUAUGUUGUGGGUCUGGAUGGAACCCAUGAGAGGAAAGAAAUCUAGAGUUUAUUUUGUGCUCAGGGCAUAGCUGAUGGCCUUGCAGAGCCAUUCCAGCUCAACAUCUCGAGUGAGGAUACAGCCAGUGUGACCAAUGAGCCCCAGUCUGUGUAGUGGAGAAGUACCCUGUGGCUGAAGCAGCUCACAUGGUGUGUUUCCAAAGGCUGCUGUGGUUUGGGACCACAGGGAGGGCAGAUGGUGACACGUGUCCUCUGAACUAAAUGAAAGGAGUAAUCCAAAUGGAUGUACCUCUGACCUUACCCCUCCUUUGCGUGCCUUUGUUUGCAGCCUGCUUGAUAGGUACAAGCCAGGCUGAGAUGAAUUCCAGGCUUCCCUUCAGGGGAAGUCUUCUGGCUGGAUGUCUACUGUGGAUCCAGGGGCAUGAGGUUGCAUUGAUGCUGAGCUGGGAUGUGGCAAAGCAAAUCUCUCCCAUCAGCUGAGCCCAUCUUUGCUCAAGGGCUCCCAUCUCUCCUGGUUGGCUUUACUCCAUCCCUGAGCCAACGCAGAGCAGCUCCAAUGUGAGAGCCGAGCUAAGGUGCAGUCACCCAUGGUCAGGCAUAGCUGGGCUGACCUCAUGGUGUAGGUGCAGCCAAGGAAUCCCCUGGGAGCUGUUUUGCCAUGUGCUGUGAAUGUAUUGGAAGAACAGGUUGCAUCCUAUACUAUGGGUCUAUUCUCCCAAAUGCUUUUUGCUUGGUUAGACACAUCUUCCAUGUGCUCCCAAAGGGACACAGGAGACUUUCCAAAGAGCCCUUAAGGGACAGGUUUUGUCUCUGUGUUAAGCAUAGAGCAAAUUCCUGCAUUGGGGAUCCAUAGCAUUGGAUGUGGAUCCGUGCGGUUCUCUGUGUCAGAGGGGGGAACACUGAGCUGUACACGCCUCUGAGCCUGAAUGUCUUAAGUUAUUUAUAAAUCUAAGUGCCAAAUUCUGUAUUUCAUGGACUUGAGGCCCAACUCUGCUUGUUUUGUGUGGUUUCCCCACAGUACCUCUGUAAGGGAAGGAUUUACCAGCCUCCGGUGGCUGGUGUUGGAGGUUCUAUUUUAAAUGUGAUGUUUUGUAUUAAAGCAAUUCAUUGCUUUCCCUCCCACCCCCUGCUUACAGCCUGAAAGGAUCCCUUUGAUUGCUCCAGGAACCCUCAGCUGAGCCUUGGGGGCAGAUUUCCUAAGGGACCUCAGGGUACAGGAAAAGCUUUAGGUCACCCCCUGCUUUUCCUUUUGUUUUGGCCAAAUUUGACCUUGGAGGGUAUGUUGGACCCAGGUAAAGCCUCUGAAUAGCUGAGUUUAUAGUGCAAAUACCUUUGAAUUGCAGAGCUGUUAAUGGGUGCCACUAAGCUAAGCUGGGUUACUUACUGGGGAUAUUAAGAGAUAAAGAUGCGACUGGCUGAUGUCUUUGCAAGAGAAUAUGGGAUCCCUGUCACCUGAUGGGGGCUGGAUUGAUAAGAAAGUGUUUUUUUUCCUCCUUCUGUGCUUUUUUUUUGUC